AUGGCAGGUGAAGAUUUGGUGCAGGCCACCAUUGCGGGCUGCUGGGGUCCUACCAUUGAUCAGUUUUUUCAGGUGAGAGCUUAUAGCAAAGCUGGCAUGGGCCCCUGGAGUGUCUCCAGCGACGCCAUGCAGGUGGAUCCGGAACGGCCGUCGAAACCAGAGGCUCCUGACCGCUUUGAUCUGCUCCCACGUGCGGUGGUGGUGCACUGGAAACCUUCUGAUAGUUUUGGCUGCGAAAUCCAGGCUUUUGCAUUGCGUUAUGCUGAGUCACGUGAUAUGAGCCGCUGCUGUGAAGUCAGUGGGAUCAAGGGCAAGAAGACAAACGUUGCAGUGACAAGCCUUCAGCCUGCACGACGCUAUUUCUUCCAGGUUCGUUGCAUCAACGCCAUGGGCGCCUCGGACUGGUCGGAUCCAUCGGAGCCGGUGAUGGUGAGACAGGACGGACGGCGGAAGCCGUGGCUUCGUGUGAUUGAAAUCCAGUGA